CGUGAUAAGGAGAUCAAUGAACAAUUUCAGAUCUGCAGGGAGGAGCUCAAAGAUUUUCGAACUGAAAAUACUAUCCGUGACAAAGAGACCAAGAGAAACGAGUUUGCAAAUGUUUACAAUCGCUUUUCAGUUGUGGACGCGAGGUUGGAUGCAAUGAACGCCACUCUCUCCAACUCCAAACUGGCCUACCUUCCUCAGAAGAUCACACCCUUUCCCAUGUUCGACGAUUCUAAUAACCGCCUUCCGAUUCCAGAAUGCUUCCCCACACGCUUGUCCACUCUCGUUUCACUUAAGAACAAAAGACACUGGCCAAAGCUUCGAGAACUACUCACGUACUAUCAGCUCGAAGCCGUAACAAUCCAGGUCAUCUAUGAUCAGGAUACCGGGUUCAUGGACACCACGGAUGGCAAUUCUGGCGGAAGCCACUAUAAAUAUACCGAACAGCAACUACAAGACGCCAUCGAGUCAGACCCAGAGCAAGCUAUCGAUAUCCUGGCAUCUCAUCUUGGCAUCGCACCCGUCGUCCGUAGACGGAGAACUUCUUCGCACGAAUUCGGCCAGAUGGUUCAACAGAUUGGUAAACGUGUUCGACAGGAAAGCGAUCGGGGACCUGCUGCCGAUACCAAACCGGGGGAAGAGAAUGUUCCAUCGCCUUCGAGUGCGAACUUCGACUGGGACGCAUUUUAUGAUGCGCAUGGCACAGUCUUGGACUGGGAACCCGACGAGUCAAAAUUUCGGCGGGAGACGGCCCACCUGGUGCUUCGGGAUACC